GCUUCUGACUUCCAUCUAACCUUGUUAUUUGGAAUAUAAUCUCUUCCUGUUCAACCGUGUUUUGAUUUGGGGACUUGUCGAGUGAAUCGGUGUCCGAGAAUACUAAGCAAUAGGAAUAGCUGGGUCAUAACCGCGUAAGAAAAUUUGAGAUUAUAACAGUGGCGACGGGGAUGGGAUGGAAAACAAAUUCAAGAUGCCCAUAUCAGAUGACCAGCUUAACCGAAUACUACAACAACAGCAAGCACAACUUGAUGCACAAAUGCGGUUGUUGGAGACUCUGACUCAACAGCUUAACAUCCACUGCUCGAAUUCACAUGCUAUUUCAAGUACGUCUUGUGAUGCAGUCGCUAGCAGCAUCCCAGAAUUCAUUUAUGAUCCCGAAACUGGAAAUACUUUUCUCACUUGGUUCAAACGUUGGGAAGAUACAUUCAGAACAGAAUUCUGUAACCAAGACGAUGCGUGGAAGACCCGAUUGUUGGUACGUAAGUUGGGAAGCAGUGAACAUGCACGUUUUGCUGACCAUAUAUUGCCAAAGUUACCUCGAGAGCUCAGUUUCGAGGAGACGGUAUUUCAGUUGUCAGAGAUAUUCGGCGAGUCAUCCUCGUUGUUUAGUAUUCGAUAUCGGUGUCUAAAUUUGGUGAAACGCGAAGCUGAUGAAUAUGGUGUUCUAGCAGACAUUGUCAACAGAGAAUGUGAACGUUUCAAGUUACGCUCGUUGACUGAUGACCAAUUUAAAUGCUUAAUAUUCAUCAAAGCUCUUCAGUCACCACAAGAUGCUGAGAUCAGGACUAGACUUUUGGCUCGACUGGAUCAAGACCCAAACGUCACACUCAGAACAUUGACAGAUGAGUGUAAGCGUCUACAAAGCAUCAGACACGACAACGAGUUGAUUGAACAGGUUGAAAGUUCAGAAGCCGGUAACAACUCGUAACAAACCAAGGACUGCAUGCUGGUUAUGCGGUGAUUGGCAUUAUGCACGAUUCUGUCCGUUCAAGAAGCAUAAAUGUCAGGAGUGCAACAAACGUGGACAUAAAGAAGGUCAUUGUCCACCGAAGCGUACGUCUCAGCCUAAGAAGAAGCAUAAACGUCCUCGACAUGUGAAAUCAGCCGAGUCUAAAUCCCUUUCUCUGGUAGCUGCCUUUCAAACAAACUAUGACAUUCAGAGAAAGUAUGUUACCAUCCAGAUAAACGGCAUAUCAGCUCGUCUUUAAAUUGACACGGCAUCAGAUAUCACGUUAGUGUCUAGAGAAACGUAUAACUUGCUGGGUAAACCGCCAAUGAAACCAUCUAAGAAAACAGCUAAAAACGCAUCAGGCGGUGUGCUAAAACUGGUUGGUGAAUUACAGUGUGAAUUUUCCUUCAAUGGAACUAACUGUACAGGAAUAUGUUACCUAACAGAACGGCCGAACCUUGAUCUUCUUGGUCUAGAUAUGCUAGACAAACUUGGAAUAAUGGAUAUACCAAUUAACAGUGUCUGUAACGCAUCGUGUUCAUCAUUGGACACCCCAUUACUUCCAAAGAAGACAGGUGAACGGUUACUAGAAAAACUGAAAAGAAAGUUUGCCUCUGUUUUUCAGAAUAGCCUUGGCCACUGUACCAAGAUGAAAGCGCACUUACCAGUGAAACCAGAUGCCAUACCUAUUUUUCGCCCGAGACGUCCUGUGCCAUAUGCUGCUCUUGAGCUAGUCGACCAGGAACUUAAUCGCUUGCAGCAGGCUGGUGUAAUCCGACCAGUUAACUACUCUGCAUGGGCCGCACCGAUUGUAGUGAUUAAGAAGGCCAAUGGGACUAUACGCAUAUGUGCCGAUUUCUCGACCGGUUUAAAUGCUGCAUUAGAUGUAUAUCAAUAUCCCUUACCAGUUCCGGAAGACCUGUUUGCCAAGCUUAAUGGUGGGACAUGUUUCGCGAAAAUAGACUUCUCCGAUGCUUAUCUCCAAGUGGAAGUAGAUGAAGAUAGUAGAGAGCUUCUGACCAUUAACACUCAUCGAGGGUUAUUUCAAUACACCCGUUUACCAUUUGGCAUCAAGACCGCACCCGCCAUCUUUCAGCAAAUAAUGAAUACGAUGCUAACAGGUAUACCUGGUACAGCAGCUUAUCUAGAUGAUAUCAUAGUUAUGGGUUCAACUGACAGUGAACUUUCUGAUCGACUACACCAAGUCCUUAACCGAGUGUUGGAGUAUGGUUUCCAACUACGUGAGGAAAAAUGUAUCUUCUUCAUGCAUUCGAUCAAAUACCUUGGUUUUAUCUUAGAUAAGAACGGUCGCCGACCAGACCCUGCCAACAUCGAAGCCAUUCAGAAGAUGCCUGCACCAACUGAUGUUUCUUCAUUAAGAUCCUUCUUGGGGUUAAUCAGUCAUUACAGCACAUUCUUGCCUGAAAUGCACCGAGUGAGAGGUCCCCUAAAUGAAUUACUAUCGAAAGAUAAACCUUGGCAGUGGUCAGCAGAAUGUCAAGCAUCUUUUGACAGAGUCAAAUCAAUGCUCAGCUCAAAGAUUCUUUUGACGCACUUCGAUCCCAGCUUGAAAAUUGUUGUUGCAUCUGAUGCCUCUAGUCAUGGAGUUGGAGCAGUGAUAUCUCACGUGUUUCCAGAUAAAUCAGAAAAGACAAUUGCCCAUGCUGCUAGAUCACUUACUCCAGCCGAGCGAAACUACAGCCAAAUUGGAAAGGAAGCUCUUGCAAUCAUUUUCGCAGUCAAAAGAUUUCAUAAAAUGCUCUAUGGUCGUACAUUUACUCUACUGACAGAUCACAAACCUUUGAUUGCAAUCUUUGGUUCUAAGAAAGGAAUCCCUGUCUAUACGGCUAAUAGACUACAGCGCUGGGCAACAAUGCUCCUGAGUUAUGAUUUUAAUAUCAAGUAUCAGUCGACAAAUACUAUCGGUCAAGCUGACGCUCUCUCCCGAUUAAUUGGAGUUCAACAUCCUGGACCAGAGGAUAUAAUCAUUGCCUCCACAGCAGUAGACCCAGAAAUACGAAGUAUAGUGGCAGAUGCCAUUCGAAACACUCCAGUGUCGUCAGAUGAAGUCAGGGAAGAAACGCUUCGAGACCCAACACUACAAGAAGUUAGAAAGUUCCACCUAGAAGGGUGGCCCUCGAAAAUCUAUUCCACAGACCUUCAACAGUUUUACCAGCGAAGACUCUCUCUUUCAAUCAUCGAUGACUGUCUGCUGUUUGCCGAACGUGUCAUAAUUCCCAAGAAGCUACAACCAGCAGUGCUUGAACAAUUGCAUGCAGGACAUCCUGGAAUAAAUCGCAUGAAAGCACUAGCACGAAGUUAUGUAUACUGGCCGCAUUUAGACACCCAACUGGAGCAGCUAUCCCGUUCGUGUACCAAAUGUGCAUUAGCAACAAAAGCACCGCGAAAAGCAGAGCUGCAAUCAUGGCCAAUACCACAGUCACCGUGGCAGCGUAUACAUUUGGACUUUGCUGGUCCACUUCAUGGACAAACUUACCUUUUGGUGGUUGAUGCAUAUAGCAAGUGGCCAGAAAUUUUUCUCAUGGAACACCCGACUGCAAGCUGCACAGUCAGUAAACUACGUCAACUAUUCAGUCGUUUUGGAAUCCCGGAAUUGAUAGUUAGUGACAACGGAACGCAGUUUACGUCCGAAAUCUUCUCACAAUUUUGUCGGCAGAACGGAAUCCAGCACAUCCGAACACCUCCAUACCAUCCCCAAUCAAAUGGCCAAGUGGAACGCUUUGUGAGUACAUUUAAAAAUGCUCUAAAAAAAUCCAAAGGGGAAGGGACCACUGAAGAUAUCUUAGAGAGGUUCCUGUUUAUUUAUCGUUCUACACCGAACCCUCAGACAAUUAACGGGCUCUCUCCAGCAGAAGCUCUACUUGGCAGAAAGAUACGUACACAUUUCGAUGUCAUCCGUCCUACGCCAGCUAUUGAACCCCAACGAAACCUAUCGAUGGAGAAUCAGUUUAACCGACAUCAUGGGGCACAAAGACGAUUGUUCACGGUGGGACAAAAAGUGCUUGCUAUGGACUAUCGUGGGAAACAUCCUACAUGGACAGCUGGUCGGAUCUUGAAAAAGAAGGGGAGUGUGGUUUACGAGGUGUCAGUUGGCUCAGAAGUUUGGGUACGUCAUGCUAACCAAUUGAAAGCAACUUCGAUAGCCAGCAACAAGAUUCAAUAUCGAUUACCUCUUGAUGUUCUGCUAGACACCUUUGAAAUCAAAACGCCGGGAAUAGACACGUCAGUUUCUGUGCAAGAAAAGAGUGAUACUUCUCUAUUGCCUAGACGAUGGACUAAUCGAAAGCACAGGCCAGUCACUCGGUUGCAGUUGGACCCUAGCACCAGAUCCUACGAAUCUGCUCAAAGGGGAGGUGUUAGCGGGACAUAGACCGGAUUGUAGCAUGCUCAAUGCAUGAUUGCUUUGGUGCACGCUGAUUGGCUAAUUCUUAUCCAAUCAGCACUGGUCGAUAGUUGGAGAAGACUCUAGAAUCUUCUUACGUAAAAACUAUAAAUAUGCUGACGUUUUCCCUAUUGUGCUUCUGACUUCCAUCUAACCUUGUUAUUUGGAAUAUAAUCUCUUCCUGUUC